CUGGGUCCUCCAAUAUCUGACGAGCAAUCUCACGGCAAUCCCACUACUAUACAUACAUAGUAGAUAUCAAAUGCGCGUAGUUAUAGCGUAUACCUUACAAGUUUCAUGCAAGAUCACAGACGAUGUCUCAACUAAAGCAUGACAUGCAGAGGGAAAAAAGGAUCGGCGACUACCCUCAUUAAAUAUAUAUGAUCAACAAAAGGCGAAAUGAUUCUCCUACCCACCAGCCUAAUGCCGACAUACACUUGUCGCCAUAGGACAACCCCUCAUUAGCCGGCAAUCAAGAGGAACGCCCCCACCCCUGUUUAAGGGUUAUGGAUUCCACUUCUAGACUUGCCUGAUUCCUUCGCGACCCUCGGGAUAACUAUCUAAAGAAACACGGCAGAAUGUCCGGCUCGCUAUUAAUGGCGGCCCUACCUAGGAGCCGCUCUUCAUUAGGGAGAGGUUACGCCUAUGGUGUCCUCACCUGCUGUCGUAUUUCAAAUACCUAGGUAUUCUCUGCUUCAGUAAACGACAGACUUCGUUACACUAUAACACACCAUAACACACCAUAACACCCCAUUUUACAUAUCCUUAUUCUUAGUCUGGCUAGUCAAUAUGUCCGAUUAUAGGGAUUUGCGGAUAUCCGUCAUCGGCGCGGGUGAGUUAUAUAAUCUAGACAUGCGAUUAAGAAGAAAAAGUAAGAAGCAUAGCGACUGAUGUCACUUCAUCUUAGGUAUGGGCGGUCUCGCCUGCGCCCUUGCCUUUGCUAAGAAGGGGUUCAAGCACGUCGACGUGUAUGAGACGGCUUCGAACUUGGGAUUCGUCGGAGCCGGGAUCCAGUUGGCCCCAAACAUGGCCCGGGUGUUAGACCGUUGGGGCUGCUGGGACGAGAUAUUUGCCGAGGCUACUAACAUCAAAUCCUCAAGCAUCCGCGAGGGCUCUUCGAACCGUGAACUUGUACACGUCGAAAUGCCAGACAUUGCCGAGAAGUACGGAUACCCUCACUGCACAGGACAUCGCGCGUCGCUAGCUGGUGGCUUAUAUGAGGGAUGCAAAAAAGAGCCAAGCAUCAAGUUCCAUUUUUCGACGUCGCUCGCCGACGUAACAUCUUUCGGUCCGGGCAAGACGGUGUUCAAGGUGCAGCCACGUAACGGCGACCCGUACGAGGUGGAGACCGAUAUCCUACUCGGCGCCGACGGCAUCAAAUCCACCGUGCGGUCCGCUCUGCUCCGCACUCUAAAUCUUAGUGGCGACGUCGAAGACACGGGACAGGCCGCAUACCGGAUCAUGCUCACGCGGUCCCAGAUGGAACAUGACCCGGAGCUCCUUGAGCUCCUAGAUGCCGAUGUCGCGCUGCGAUGGAUAGGCGAGAAGCGGCACAUCGUAGCAUACCCUAUUAGCAACAAGACCAUCUACAACUUAUCAACGUGCCAACCGGAUGUCAACUUUGCCGAAGCCCCAAGUGUCACGUACACGACACGCGGUAGCAAGUCUGCCAUGCUAAAUGUAUACGCGGAUUUCCACCCCGUCGUGCAAAAGAUGUUAAACAUGGUGCCCGAAGGUGAGGUGUGCGAGUGGAGGUUGCGUUCGCACAGCGCCCUUGAUACCUGGAUCCUUGGUUCUGUUGCUCUGGUCGGUGACGCUUGCCACCCCACGCUACCCCACCUUAGCCAGGGCGCUGCCAUGGCCAUCGAGGACGGCGCCGUGUUGGCAGAGGUGGUGAGCCGCGCACCAGGAGGCGGUUCAGAUAGGGAUGCUCUUUCCAAGGCUCUCAAAGUCUACGAGCUACUGAGGAAGGACCGAACGACGAUACUGGUCGACCUAGCCGCGUCAUCUGCACGGUCGCUACACCUAGGCGAGGGUAAAGCGAAGGAGGAGAGGGAUAGACAGUUCGCGAUGGGCAUGAAGAAAGGAACACCUAUUCCGGAUAAGUGGGCCAGUCCCGAGGUUCAGCGCAUGAUCUACUCAUACGACUGCGUAAAGGACGCCGACGAGAGGUUCGACGAGCUGUACGCUACGCUUACGGGUGAGGCUAGUAGUCAUGCAGAUGGCCAGGCGAAUAGUUGCACGAACGGGCAUGCAAACGGUGUAACCGCAUAGAAGUUAGAGUCUAGUUUUACCGCAUUGUAUAGAG